CAAAGACGAUAUCAACGCGGGCAAACUCUCCUUAAUAAAGCAUAUGAAAUGAGUGAUCUCUGCGACGCCGAUGUGUUUCUUUGUAUUAGAUUUCGAGACACUGGUCGUAUGAAGAUAUUUUACACAGAUGAGACGAGCAUUUGGUCCUCCUGCAUAUUACAUCUGGAAUCGUACUAUCCUAUUCCCGAUUGGAAAACACCGAAUGACUUUCAUCUGGAAAGCAGCCCUAAAGACAAUGAUGCAUCGAGU